CCCCUCCCCCAUAACCAUAAACAAGAAAGAAAACAAAGAGCAACAGGACAAUUUUCGUGAUUUUGUUUGUGUUUUGAACGCAACGUCAAAAUGGAGUUACAAAAAUGCGUUUUGUAGGAAAUUAAAGUUCAAGUUAUUGGUUUAAUAAAACGCUAGCGAUGGAAUCCACAACUUUACGCGCCGGUUCGUGGCCGUCGAACAACGACUCUGUCUUGUGGUUUGAAUUUCUUCUCAACCCUUGUAGCCUCAAAAUGCAUCUGGAAAAGGCAAAACCAGAUCCGACGCCCACCGAUUUGAUAAUGAAAUUUAUGUCAAUAUCCUCGGAUGCUUCGGCUCCCGUCGUAGAGAAGCCUCCACCGCCAACAGUCGACAAUUUGGAUGAUAAGCCGGUAGAAACACCCAAGCCGAAUAACACCAGAAGCCGAAAAUCCUUGGCUCUGAAAAUAAUGUCCCUGAAAAUAGCAGCUUUCUUGAAGUGGAAUUUGGAAACCAUUGAACAAAAAUUGCCUCUUCCAAUGCAAAUUACACUUCUCCAAGAUCUGUUGUUUGUCAGUCGAGAGCAGAAAGAAUUGUCUGAUUCUGCUCAAGAGAAAGUGAAUCUGCAAGGCUGCAGUGCUCAGGAGCUUUUUGCCGUCCUUCUUUAUCAUCGUUGGGUUCUCAGAGCAGUGUCUGGAGCCAGAAUGUCUGCCAAACAGCCUCGUGUGAACUAUUUUCAAAUCCCUGUUCCUCCUCUGCUGCUGGACGAGUUAUUGAUGAACAUUGAAUCUCAAGUCCCACAGUCAAUUGCCAUCUUGAACCAGAUUAGUUCAAACCCUAAUUUGACACUGAAUGUUCCAAUCUAUGAAACGUUUGAGCCUUUGACUGAGGACAGUGAAGAUAUUCAACAGCAAUGGGAAACAUGCAUCAAAGCGUCAGAUAAAGAAGUCCACUGUCAAAUACACUUUGACCUGGCUGCCUUCUACUUCUCAAGAGAGCAAUACAAAGAAGCAAGAGAAAACAUUUGGAAGGCUUUCCAAAUUUACAAAAAUCUGCCCAAAUCAAAAGUGUAUUGCAUUAUUGAGGAAGAAACACUGAAAGGUUACUGCAAAGCUUUGGGUAUAAGCUGCGAAGAAGAGCACGAUUUGUUUGUGCAAUUUCUCACGUGCAAAUCCAAUCAUUUCAAUGGCAUUGUGAGUAUUCUUCAAAAAGACAAUCUUACCAGGGAAAUUCCCAUCAAUCACCGUGAUGUGCUUGAGUUGGAAAUCCAAGCUGCCUCCAGCAGCGGAGAUUUCUUUGUUGCUCGGGACCUUCUUCUGCAAGUUCACAUAUUAAACUCUGUUCGAAGAGCGGUUGAUGGAAUGCCCAACACUGUGAAUUUAGCAGCUAAGUUGAGGCAGAGUAAUAGCAAAGGCCUGGAGAAGUUUAUUGCGGCAUUGAAAGCUGUAUUAUCGGCUGCAGACAAACAAGUGAAAGCAAACCUCCAGAUGUUCUUGUUAGACCUGAUUGAAGCUGGGGUUCCAAAUUUAGACAGAGCUGUAUUGACGCUUCCUGAAUUGAGUUCAAUCCUCUCUCCAGAACAGAACAAGCACUACACAAAGAAGCUGAAAAAAACCUCACAUAAUUUAAAGCCCUGUUGGCAUGGCACCAAAGAUGCAAUACGGAAUGUGAAAUUACAAAAGGGUAUGCUGGAGCAAAAACUUAUUUUGAGUUCAGAUCCCGUUGAAAUCAAACAUUUAAUUACCCUGCUUAAUGCUGGAGGGCCAAUGAAACCACCAAUGAAGCUUAAUUCUAAGUGGGAGUUGCCAAUCCCUGUGCACUCGGCGGUCAUGGCUCUGCCCCGUGGAAUAUUGCAAGAUUUGACCUUCAUUCUCUUGGCAAAGUCAAGAGAGCUAACUUUAUCAGAAGACUACGAAGGUGCCCAUUCACUAUUGAAGUCUGUAGAAAAAGAAGUUCACUUGGAGCUCAACACCCUUCCUGGAAAUUUGGCAUUUAAACUUGGUCGUCUGGUCAGUUGGGAGGUGCUUCUUGUCUCCGUCUUGCAGUUUCUUAACGAUUGGCCUGUUUUGCCUCCUGCAGCUGAGCCUGUAGAUUUAAAAACAAAUGCAAAUAUGGAGUUGGCUUCUCACUGCAAAGCUUGCCUGAGUAGUUUGCAAGCAGGAGAACAAAUGAUCCCAAGGUCAGAAGUUUUGGAGCACUGUGCACUGGCGCUGUUGAAUUUAGGAGAGUGGGACUAUUUGAGCAACCUGGACAGACGGUCUUUGUUCUUUGAAAUGCCAGGUGCAUUUUCGUUUGCAUGUCUGGAUAUAACAAAGCAUAAAGGAACUAAAAAAGUUUCAAGAAGAGAAGCUUGGGAUCUAAUUUUGACAGUGUUUGGAUCUGGUGGAUUGAAGAGAACUUCGACGGGCCAACCAGUUUCCAUGAGGGAUUCACCAGGGCUUGCUGCUGUGCAAAGCAGAGCACAGUUCCAACAAUUCCUUUCAAGACUCCGAGAGCCUACAACGAUAUCUGUGGCUGUCUCGAUUCUUGCCCGAUUGUACAAUGUGCUGAAGGACGAGCCGACGUUGGAACUCAAUGUAGAGUAUGCUGCUCUGUGGCCUGCAGUUGUUAGCAAUGCAAACUCAUUCAGCAGUAGGAUGGUUGGCGAAGUUCUUUCAGACCUGCUCCAACAGGCCUUGAAGUACUAUCCUGACAAUGUCUCUUGGCUUAAAGUCUUGGGCGACAUCAACUUCGCCAAUGGUUUCUCAGCCAGUGCCUUGAAAAAUUAUUUGCAAGCGUGCAUCACAGUUAGUGGAUUUUUCAGUCGUCCAGUGCCGAGAUUUGAAAUUGACGACCAAGUGUACAAAAGGAUGAUCAAGUGUUGUACUCAAUUGCAGUGUCAUACACAGGCGGCAGUGCUUUGCCAGUUUUUAGAUGACGUGGAUUACGCAACUGCAUUCAAAAGUCUGCAGGAAAAAAAUUGUGCAGACGCCAUGGAUGCCUACUACAACUGCAUUUGGGAUGUCACAAUGCUUGAAUUCUUUGUGCAUUUACAUUACAAGAGAGGGGAGCAGGAUAGACGUCAGCAAGCUAACAAGUAUUUGGGCCUUUUGGAGCUGAAUGGGAACAAUAAUGAUGAUAUCAAGAGAGAAGCUUCUAGUGUAAGAAAAGCCUGUUUUCUGAGGACAAUUGCCCAACAGUAUGUUUGUUAAAAACAUCAAAGUUAAUUUUUAUAAUUGAAUAUGGAGGAAUUUUUUUAUUCUUAGAUUAAAAUUUAUCACAGCCAAAAAUAAAUAAAAAACUAACUUUGCUCUAGU